AUGGGGAAGAUGGAGGGGUGGACGGACGAGAAGGACGGCUGGAGGAGAUGGUUGGAUGGAGAGGAUGAACGGGUGGAUGGGGUGCUGCCCAUUACCCAGCACCCAAGUGGGCCCCCAUGUGCAGGGGCACAGCCCUGUGGGGAAGACGACAUGAAUAAUCAAUGGAACACAGACGAUGCCGGCCACAGCCAGCAGGCACAGGAGGGGACAGCUACUGCGCUCUCCACGGCCGUGCUCGCCGGCCUCUACGUGUUCGAGCGCUUCCCCGGCUUCAUGGUGGCCGUGGGGCUCUUCACCAACCUCGUCUACUUCGGCCUCCUGCAGACCUUCCCCUUCAUCAUGCUCACGUCACCCAACUUCAUCCUCUCCUGCGUGCUGGUUAUCCUCAAUCACUACUUGGCCUUCCAGUACUUCGCGGAGGAGUAUUACGUGUUCUCCGAGGUUCUCGCCUACUUCACCUUCUGCCUGUGGUUGAUCCCCUUCGCCUUCUUCGUGUCCCUGUCGGCCGGAGAGAACGUGCUGCCCUCCACGGUGCAGCCGGGAGGUGAGUGCCCGUGUCCCGGCAGCACCGGUGCCGAUGCCCGGAGCCUCCUGUCUCUGGCACUGCCUGUCCCGUGCGGCGCCGCCGUCCUCUCGGCCUCGCAGCCCGGAGCCCCUGCGUGA